AUGAAAAUAAAUAGAGAUCCUCCAAGUCCUCAAAGACAAUGUGCAAUUCCCAGCUCACCGGUGCACGAUGAGGUCUCAUCUUCAUCUGACGUUUUUGCAGAAGAAUCAUCGAUAAAAGUUUCAAAUGGGGAACAUGAGCUGGCAACUGCGUCGAUGUGGGCUGAGACCCAUGAUUUCGGCAUUGAUGGUGACGAGUUCUUAGAAACUGAAGACGACGUUUUAGGGUCUCUCGGAACUAGUGGAGACUCUGAAGUUAUUGAUUUGACGUCUGAAAAGCCAACUCCCGAGAAGGUUUGGUGAUA